GAAGAAGUUGUAGUUCAUUUAACUACAUACCGGGAGACACGUUUCUAUCCUGAUUUUGUUUAUGUGACUAGCUAGUGGACAUUUUAUUCCUUGCAAGUCAACAUUUUGUGUUUGCUAUUAUCUACGUUAAUCUAACUAACGUAGCCACUGUGACUUGUGUCUGUUAGUAGCAGCCGAAGCUGUUAGACGUUAGACGUUUUGGCGUAUAUCAAGCUUGCUAACAAUCUAACUUAGCUUGAAUCAGCUAUGAACGUGGGGCCCACACGCUUGUACUUGUCUGUCAACAUUUGAAGAGCAAGCAUGAGCAGCCUGGAUCAACACCAGCGUCUCCAUCCUAGUUUCCGUGACAAAACAACUGUUUCUAGUGAUUCAUCAGAUGCUCAUGAGCUUGCCAAACAGCCUCUCCAAGGUCUAAUAUUGGCAUCACAUGCAGUGCUGGAGAAAGCGCAGCAGAGGGGCAGGUUGAAAUGCUCUAAAUGUGGAGGAUCAAGGAUGUUCUUCUGCUACACAUGCUGCUCAUUAGUGGGUGUCACUCUGCAAGAAAUCCCCUUAAUCAAGCUUCCCGUGAAAAUAGACAUCAUCAAGCAUCCCAAUGAGACAGAUGGCAAGAGCACUGCAAUCCAUGCCAAGAUUCUCGCACCCAGUGAUGUCACGAUAUACACAUACCCCUGCAUACCUGACUUUGAAAAAGACAAGGUGGUGUUGGUGUUCCCUGGUCCAGGGGCUGUCUCAGUUCAAGACAUGAUGCAAUGUUUACAUGACUGGAGUCACAGCAGGUCACUUUACUCCUUUGAUGAACCCUGCAUAAAGAGGGUCAAAAGUGAGGAAGUUCAAGACGCCACACACACUGCAGAGAACCCAAAGUCAGGGACCCCAGAUGAAGCAAAGGGCUUUGAGUCAAGGGUCUGUCCCCUGCAGAGGGUGGUCUUCAUUGACAGCACAUGGAACCAGACCAACAAGAUCAGCACAGACGAGAGACUUCAAGAUUUGCUCCGGGUAGAGCUGAAGAUGAGGAAAACAUGUUUCUGGCGCCGUCAAAAGGGAAAACCAGACACCUACUUAGCUACUAUCGAGGCUAUUUAUUAUUUCCUGAAGGACUUCCAUGAGCAUUGCCUUGCUCAGGAGUAUAAUGGAGAAUAUGAUAACCUUCUUUUCUUCUACUCUUAUCUGCACUCAGUUGUCAACAAAGCUAAGACUUCUGCUGGAAAGUGCUGAGGAAAAACUGACAUCAGCUACAAGAGACUGUUAAACUAUAACUGAAGGAUUGAUUUAUGUGCAAGCCCUGAUGUCUGGUUUUAAGUUCAUUGUGGUGUCAACUGAGACUUAAAUUGAUCUUUUAGGGCAUUUUGUUUUUGCUCUUCCCACCAUACUGUGUUGUAAAUGAGUACAGUUAGCCUUUUUAAAACUUAACAUGUAAUAAUGUGAAAGGAAGUCAGGCUUCAGAAGCAUUUAAAUAUUUUUAUUUACAAAUCGUUACACAAGUUAUCCCUUAUUCUCAAAAAAUUCUUAUGAAUCUUGGGCACCUCUGUAAUAGUAUCACAUUUGUUGCAGACCCAAUAAAUCAGUUCCCCAAAAUA